AUGUCCUUCGAGUACUUGCCCGUAGCCGAAGAUGAAAAUGAAGAACCCAUAGAACUUCCAAUCGAAGAAGAUGGGACUUUGAUGUUAACAACAGUGUCUGCGCAAUUUCCUGGAUGUUGUGGACUUAAGUAUCGACAUCCCGAGACGAAAACGUUCAGAGGUAUCAGAUUAAGAGAUGGUAGGUUGUACCCACCUCCAGAAGGUUGGGGCAAUUAUUUAUACAUCUGUAGUUUUCCUAAGGAAAAUAAACGAAAAUCAGGCGAAAAUUCUGAAACAUCUUCCAUCAAAAGUAAAAGAAAUGAUAAUUUGUGCUCUGAUUUAAUAGUAUUGGGAUUGCCAUGGAAAGCUACAGAGCAAACUGUUCGUGAAUAUUUUGAAAAAUUCGGUGAAGUUUUAAUGGCACAAUUGAAACGCGACCCUAAAACUGGUAUGUCAAAAGGCUUUGCUUUUAUUCGAUUUUCAUCAUAUACAUCUCAGAUGAGAGUGUUGGCACAGAGACAUAUGAUUGAUGGUCGUUGGUGUGAUGUGCGAAUACCAAAUUCUAAAGAAGGUUCUGUUGCUUCUAUGCCAUGCAAAGUUUUUGUUGGGCGUUGUACUGAGGACUUAUCAGCUAAUGAUUUGAGAGAAUAUUUCUCACAAUUUGGAGAAGUUACAGAUGUGUUUAUUCCAAAACCUUUUAGAGCCUUCAGCUUUAUCACAUUUUUGGAUCCAGAAGUUGCACAAAGCUUAUGUGGUCAAGAUCAUAUUAUAAAAGGUGUAUCUGUAAAUGUUUCUAAUGCAUCUCCUAAACAAAAUAAAAGUGGUUCAAAUCAACGAAACUUACCUAGUAGAAAUUAUGAAGAGGGUCAUCCUCAUAACUCCUCAAAUAACAACUCCUGGAGUAGCCGGAAUAUGGAUAUGGUGAACAUGCAAGCUUUAGGCCUAUCUGGGCAACAUGGUCAAACUGCAGUAGCUGGAGGAGGUGGUCAAGGGCAAGGUGGCAAUAUGCCUCUUGGGAUGGGUGGGCUACCAGUAAACCAGGCACUAGUUGCAGCAGCAUUAAACCAAGCAGCUGGUUGGGGUCUCAUAAACAACAUACCAUCAGGUGGUUCUGACCAAGGUGCGUUUGCAGGUCCUGCAUCAUCUGCUCCUGCACCACCUAAUUUUCUAUCAUGGAUGCAACAAGGUUUGGAUGGGGAG